CAAAAUAUUGGGUUCCUUUCCUCUGUGCAUUUUUUGUGUUUGUUGUGGAAUUGAGAAAUCGAAAAUUAAAAAAUUACGUACCUAUAAUAGAAUAACACUCGUAAGUGGUUUAUAUGCGAUAAGAAAGAAAAUAAAUACAAUGUCUUCAGAAGUGGGAAAAGCUGAUAACAUGGAAGAAACCAGGAAACCGAUAUGCUUAAUAAUUUUAGGCAUGGCUGGUGCUGGUAAAACUUCAUUUACAAGACGUCUCGCAGGAAAAAUUGUAGAUGGAUCAAGGCCAUACCUUAUUAACUUAGAUCCUGCCUGUCGAGAAGUAACAUAUCCUGCUAAUAUCGACAUAAGAGACACAGUGGACUACAAGGAAGUAAUGAAGCAGUAUGGUUUGGGUCCCAAUGGAGGUAUUGUCACUGCUCUCAAUCUUUUCUCCACAAAGUUCGGUCAGGUUGUGGAACUCAUCGAGAAAGCAGGGAAGAAACACAAAUAUUGUGUUAUAGACACUCCAGGUCAAAUAGAAGUGUUCACUUGGUCAGCCUCCGGCACUAUUGUUAGUGAGACACUAGCAUCCUCAUGUCCCACAGUGGUGGUGUAUGUCAUGGACACCGUACGCAGUGUGUCGCCGGUCACCUUUAUGUCCAACAUGCUGUAUGCCUGCUCCAUCCUGUACAAGACUCGGCUGCCAUUCAUUAUUGUUAUGAAUAAGACAGAUGUGGUAGACAAUUCAUAUGCAGUGGAAUGGAUGCGGGACUUCGAGACGUUUCAGGAGGCUCUGGACGCAGAGGGCGACGGGGAGGGAGGUAAUACCUACAUCGGGAACCUGACGCGGUCGAUGGCACUCGCGCUUGACUCUUUUUAUACCGACCUUCGGUGCUGUGGCGUCAGUGCGCAUACAGGCAGUGGCAUAGAUGAAUUCUUCAAAUUGGUGGAUGAAGCAGCGGAAGAAUAUGAGAAAGAGUACAAAGAGGACUGGCUGAAAAUGCGCGCUGAAAAACUGGAAGAACAGAAAAUGAAAGAAGAGGAAUUGAAACAAGGAAAAAAAGACGACACCGACACGGUGUUGGACAAGAAGAAACUGAUAGAGGAAGUGGUGGCGGGCCGCGAGAUCAGCGACUUGUACCUCAAGCACCCCGGCGACGACAGCUCCAGCGACGACGAGGGCACCGAGGCUGAACGACCGGACCACGACGACAAGCCUGAGGACGUGGCCGCUUUCCAAGAAUUCAUUAGGAAACAUGUGAAGCCUAACGACAUGGGUUCCAAAACGUAAUUUAAACAUUAACGGGUUUUAUUUAUAGUUUCCAUAUGUAUGUAAAUAUUAUUACGAGUAAGUUUCACAAACAUUUAAUAGGAUUAUGUGAUAUGAAAAGACAAUAAUUCAUUUGCUCGCGCGCUUGCGUUCGGUGUGAAAGAAAAUAUCGCGAGGAAACCUGCACUCUGGUUGACUAUUUAGUUUACUAGUGUGUCGUAUACACACUUGCUCCUAGAUGGCGUGAAAGUCAUGUCAGAUGCCUAUAGGCGACUUGACUGACACCAGUGUAUAAGAUAUAAUAACACAGUCGAUAAGAAGUUGAAAAUCAAAUGUUAGGAGAUUUUAAAAUAAAAAUGCAGUCAUGUAACUAAAA